AUGGAACGAAAUGAAGUAGGAUUUCAAUCAAAAGGACAAAUUAUUGAUUAUUUUCAAGCUGUAACUCGUUUCAAUUUCGAAGAUUCAAUUCGUAUUCUCAAUCAACACAAAUGGAAUUUAAAUAGCGCUGUACAAGAGUUUUUUAGCAGAAAUGAUCGUGAAAGAAAUCUAACAAAUGGUGGUUAUCAACAAUUGACUAGUCUUCUUAUAAGACAAGAAAAUGAUCAACAUCUUGCUGAAUUGGUUCAUGAUCUUGAAAAUGGAUCAAAUGUUCAGAAAGAUGUAUCGAAUCUCAUUGUUAUGGGUGAACAUAAACGAAUUGCUCUUGUUGCUCAUAAUAAUAAAAAAACAGAACUAAUCGAAUGUCUUCGACAACAUCGUGAUGUUCUUGCUAAACAUAAACUUUAUGGUACUGGUACAACCGGAUCAUUAGUAGAAAAAGAACUUCGAAUACCUGUAACUAAAUUUGAAAGUGGUCCUUUAGGUGGUGAUCAACAAAUAGGAGCAAAAAUUACUUUACGAGAACUUGAUGUUCUCAUUUUUUUCAUUGAUCCUUUGGAUUCUCAUCCUCAUACUGCUGAUGUACAAGCACUUCUUCGUUUAGCACAAGUUUAUGGUAUUGUUUGUGCAACAACUCCUGCUACUGUUGAUUUUUUACUUACUUCAAAAAUGAUGGAUAAAACUCAUACGAGAAGAAUACAAUUAUCCCAACCAUCAAAACCAAAUUAG